UUCACGGAACAGGUGUAUGGUUACACCCGCACGACCCAUCUCGAUGACCUCGAUACGAGCCGACACUCUCACCCGCUUCUAGCAUCCGGAUUCUAAUUGUCACACUCCACUCCAUCGGUGCGGUAUCAUGGGUGCCAGAUUCUCUCAGCCUCGUGGCCCAGACGGCACGACAGAGGCCUCUGUGCCAGCGAAACCUGGUGCGCCACCGACUCCGCGUAAUCCAUUUCCACGACGCAUCAACAGCAGGACCAUCGUAGCUCCAGCAGCAGCUUUCACAAUGGCAUGUCUACUCUUCGUGUACGCCAGGACGAGCAUCCGGGCAGCAAAAGCCAAUGCCCAGCGACACCGAGAUGCAGACACUGGAGGCGAAGGUUUGAGCUUAUUGGCUGAGCAUCGCCGACGACAUGGCAAAGCGGAGAGGGUAGAAGGUACUGGUGGAGGCGUCGUGGCUGAGCUGGGGCGAGAAGUACUGGGCGGGUCUCAGAAGAGCAAGCCAUCCACAGACAAGACGAGCGGCGACAACGCAACGAGUGAAGAGGAGGAGAAGCUGAAGGCGCUGAUGCGGAAAGGAAAGAAGGGCGAUAAUGGCUGAAAGACCGCCAGUACAGGACAUGAGUUUUGCGCUCAGAAUAUCUGGACGUCGCUCGGUACAAAAGUGAACAUACCACUCUCCGCGCUAUGAUGGGCAAAAUGUGUUUCGCGGUGGACGUGGACCUCGGAGCACAUGGCAAUUUGCAGACAGCGAUAUCACAAAACCCACCAUCUACGCUACGGAUUAGAGCUACGUCGGCCAAAAGCAAGGCUUGGGUCUCCUCCCAGGACACCUCUCGGCAUAUCGGCGAAGCAAGCGAGGGAGUGGAUGUCAACCAGGAAUACUCCAACUCAGGAUACGGAGACUGUGAGAUCGGAAAGUAAAGUGAUAAUUCAGCCUUCUAGAGCACGACGCUUCCCCAUCCAAUCCUCUACAACCCGAACAAUGCUAUACCGAAUGUUGGCGAUCUUGGUCUUGGCCAAACAUUCACAAGAUCUCAAAUUCCUCCACCGGGGUCAUCAUCCUCAAUCCGUGCCCCAAAACCCCACCUAUCCGACCCUGUACAAGACUGCGCCAAAUGCA